AUGUAUGCCAACCGUAGGAUUGACAAUUCAUAUUACCACCACACUUGCCUCAUCAUCCCCGAGCAAGAUGUGCUGGAGGCGGACAUCUCGGGGACCGGGUUCGCGAGUCGCAUCGCUCGCUGGUGGACCGACCUGUUCCUGCUGUCGUACACGUCGGGCAGGUCUACCGGCUUCUACAACAGCACGCAUGCCAUGAGGAUCGAGAGAUUCAAGCACUUCCGGAAAUACAAGAGUCGCAUCCAUCCGAUGAGCAAAUUCAGAAACUUUUGGGAUUGUCUGAUACUGCACGUGUUCAUCAUCAAUAAGAUUCUGUUCAGAUUCACGUCGACAUUCAUUUACGACGACUUAUCAAUCGGCCUGUUUUACCUCGGAGCUUUCCUUGAACUGAUCAUCAUAGUAGAUCUGUACGUCACCCUCAAAACUGGAUACAUAAACCACGAGACUAAGCGAGUGGUGUUAGACGCAGAACGGUGCCUCGUCAACUUCUGUAAAACGAAACCGUUCAUACAUUACGUGUCAGCCAUUCCUCUGCAUUGGUUCUUAUUAUUGAAGUACGGAUCGAAUGUAUCUUGCGGAUUGUGUAAAGCUAAUAAAUUCGUAAGUGUCUUAAAGAUUAUCAGCAUCUUCAGCCUUUACAGGAUGUAUGAAACAUCUGAGUAUUAUGUUGAGAGACAUGGAGAUAACAAACCAAUCUUCAUGAGAUUCUUACGGAUUGCAGUCGUCAGUUUUACGACUCUGUGCCAGUUUUACGACCUCAGUGAAGUGAUAGAUAUCCUUGUGUUUAUAACAGAAGGCUCAGUACCACGGACCUCUUUGUUAGGUCGUCGAAUUUGCUAUAAGUACAAUCAGAUGUCUCAGAAGUAUGGGCCCAACUCCAUGCACGUCGCCUUUGAUAUAUCUGACGAUGUAUGUGACAAAGUAAAACAGUAUUUCCACUUUAGACCAACACAAUUGAAAUCAGUCGAACUAAACAACGAAUUAUUGAAGAUGUUACCUGAGGAAUUGAAAAAAGAAGUCAAGUUAGGUCGCCACUUCCAGGUUAUAUUGAGAAUGCUAUUUUUCUGCGAACUAUCUGUUCCUUUGUUGCAAGAAGUAUCCCAAAUGCUGGGAGAGCGAGUGUUUUUGAGAAACGACACAGUGUCUGAGGCCCGGUCCCAAUCUGAGGGCCUAGUGAUUAUUGACAACGGCGUCCUAGCGGUAUAUUCAGAAACACAUAAGGAACAAGGACAUCUGAUCGACGGGGAUUACUUCGGAGCAUUGUCUCUGGUUACCGAUAAAGAGCUGUGCAUGUCCUUUGUCGUUGCUAUCACAACAUGCAACGUUAUGGAUCCCAGGAUAUAUUUCAACAACGAAAAAAAUGCAUUUGUGUCUGAACUUUUUAACUAUUCUGGCACCCAGUGUAACACAACCCUAUCCAGGUAUGCCUUAAUUGGCUUCUGA